CGGUCCGACUGAAUGGCCGGGCCGGGUCUGUUAACACUGGUUUUAUAUAUAAAAAUAAAUUCAUCUCUGAUUAGAACGCAAUUGCUUCAUCAAUUCAAUUCCUAAUUUAGCAGAAGCCGCUAACCUAAGCUCCCGCAAGAGGAAGAAUCAUGAAUCGUCAAAUCGUCUGCUGACCCAAAGAUUAGCCACCGGCGACAAUGGAAUCAAGAAGCGGAGGACUCUGCGUUUUCUUCCAUGCCAGCGGAGUUGAAGAUUCGUGCGCGGAAGGCGUUCUGGGCUCGUAAGGAAGAGCAGGAGAAAUACGAAGCCAGGAAGAAUCAUGAAUCGUUGUAUCUUGUUGACAAAUCGUCUGUCGACCCAUAAAUUAGCCACCGGCUGCAAUGGAAUCACGAAACGGAGGACUCGGUUUCUUCUUCCAUGCCAGAGGAGUUCGAGAUUCGUGCGAAGAAGCCGCUCUGCACUCGUAAGGAAAACCAGGAGAAUCACGAAUAAGAAAUUGGCGGCAAAGAUAAGGGCAGGGAUCAAGCGACUGAGGGGAGAGAUGGCAGAAAUUAGUGACGAGCAGAAGUCCAUUAGAGAGGGGCAGAGACAAGUGAGGGAGAAAUUUGAGAAGAUCAAAGCAGAACGGGAACAACUGUGGAAAGAAACUGAGCUCAUAGCAAAGCAGAAUGCAGCCAUACAAGUGCGUUUAGGUCUUAUGUCUGGCAUCGUGAAGGCAAGAGCUCAAAAAGAUUUUGAUUUGGCUGCUCAACUCACUCGGUCUCUCCGUGAUUCGAUGGCUAAGCAGAAUGAGGAAAUGCGUUAAAGAAUUCUGCUGCAAAAUACUGGUUGUAACAAGGAGGAUCAUCUACAUGAACUGAAACCAAUUCCUACUAUCUUCUGCUUUCCUUCCUUUGUCGUUUUCUUCCGUUGUUGUUAAGACAACUUGUUACCUAUGUGAAACUACGUGACACACAGUAGUCUGCGUAUAUAUUAUUGGAAUAAUAAAUGGUUCAAGGGUUUAGUUCUUGGAACAUAAAUAAUGUUGUUGCAAGAACGUUAUUUAUGUUCCAAACCUUCCCACAAUGAGUGGGGAUCAUGACAGACACGAUGUACGUAAACUUUAUCUAUACAUAUGGGGAGGGACUCCUUCCGAAGAAUCAAACUUGUGACAAA